AUGAAUGGCGAUAUAUGCGAAUAAGUAUGCUUUCCAUGUUAAUCUCAAUAUUUUUCAUCGAAAAAUAUUCUUAAAAGCAAAAGCGAAAGAUUAUUUUAAGCAUUGCUGAAAAUUGCUAGUGCCAGUCCCACACGGCCAUUGGAAUUAAAAAUGGCGGCUUCCAGGAGUCACAUCUCCGAUAUCUGUAAGUAUUGACGAUUUUCUCGUUGCUUUUACCAAUAAUUGAUCAAUUUUACACCACUGGUAUCUUGUUAAGGUCAGCUAAAGUCAUCCAGAUCAGUUUUUCGUCGAAAUUGAUGUGUUAAUUAGAGUAAAUACUAGAAAUGUUGAUCGUGUGGCUUCGAUGGUUUCUUAUCUUUCAGGCACAUAAAUGGCAUUCUCCUGGAGCCGCUGUAUCGUUUGCCAAAAAGAUACAACUGAAGAACUUAAAUGCCCGCUAAGAUCCCUUGGUUCUUCACUAUAUGAGAUAUCCGCUAUUUACGGCUCUUUUCUAAGAAACGUAUCGGAGUUUUCUAGAUUAGAUGCGCUUCCAUCAGUAGUAUAUUUGCCUACCGACACACAGACAGAGGAGCUUGUUGAGAAAGCAGCAGUUUGGCAUAAGUCCUUUGUGGCCAGGCUGGAGGAAAACAUAUCCACGAAGUGUCAACGUAUCCCACAAAUAAUAAAAUCCGCCACAUGGUUACCGAAUUGCAAGAUCAUACAAUCUUGCCCAGGAUUUCUGGAGCAGAAGAUCUUAUGGCAGCAGAUGCGAUCUACCAUUUUGACUGUAUGACCGAUCUACGCAACCGUUAUAGAAGUCAUGUUACAAGGAACAGAGUAGAGAACUUAGAGAGAGAAGAUGAGAAAAUAAAAGAAUCGCAGGCCUAUGUUGAGCUCACGGAAUAUAUCAAAGAUUCAGCUACUGCUGAUGGCAAAUCAUUAGGUUAAGUGAACUGCAUUCGUUGUACACUAGUCGCCUCCAGACUUUGGGUGUGGACAAAAAAAUAAAUAAAACGAGACUUAAAAAUUCUCUUCUAGAAAGUUUCCCAGAAGCCCAAGUCACCAAGUUGUUGGUGACCUGCUGAUGGAUCUGGAUGGACUGUUGCCCUUACAGAAUCAAACGUAGCCUCAUCGGGUGAAGCCGAUUCCUUCUUAAGGGUGACUUAUCUAAAGGACCAGAAACUAAAGAGCGAGGCGUUUUCACACAGCGGCGACCAGUUAACGACGGCUGAAUGGGAGCAAACAAUGAAGUCAAGCCCAACAUUUCGCUUCUGGAAUGCAAUACUACACUACCAGAUGCUAGUCUUACUAGUGGUGCGUGCUCAACGUCAGCGAAAUUUUGUCUUGUAUGUGGAAGCCUUGGAGGAGCUGGUCCCGCUGUUUUUCGUGUUGGACCAUGUAAAUUACGCCAAAUGGACGUCAAUUCACAUCAGGGACAUGAAAAGCCUUCCACAAAGUAUCACCGAGAAGUUUCAAGACGAGGGCCAGUUUGUCUUGUCAAGGACUGACAACGACUUUUCAGCAAUGCCGUUCGACCAGGCCCAUGAGCAGGAAAACAAGAUCGUGAAGAGUGCAGGCGGGGCAGUUGGACUCACAGAGAAUCCGACAGCUUUCAGGCGCUGGAUGCUAUCAGGCCCAGAAACGACACGAUUAUUACAACAGUUUUAAGGGCAGUACCUGGACGACACAGACAGCGAGACAGGAGAUCGGACAAAUCAUGAGACGGGACUGAGCUCUCAGAAGACCUUCAAGAUCCAAGUCAACAAUCUGAUUGAUGUCAUCCGAAAGAUGGGGAACCCCUUCCUUGACAACUUUCCUGAGCUCGUUACCCUGGACAGCCGCGACUGUAUGGAUAAUGAAGUAGCCGAGACUAUAGUCAACCUUGAUGCUCUUGGUAAGAGCCAGUAUUCAAGCUUCCUCAAGGAUGUAAUCAAGGACAGAACGGUGGCAAUUGGCAAAUCCCUAAAGCAAAACAAGCUUCCCCUUUUUCGGAAACAGGCGUCACGCAACAAGUCUAAACAGUCCAAGACCAUCUUCCUUUUGCAGAAUAAUGUCGCCCUGUUUGCUCAACUGUACAUAGCUAUGCAAAGCCGUGAUGCGGACUUGAGAGAGUUCUUUAGCCAUGAGGUUCAGCCAUUCCCGCCUUCACUGUCAGAAUUUGGAAGUCUUCGUCUUCCGACGGCCAAGUCCGACCUUCUCAAGUGCCUCAGUCAGCCCUCCCAACCAGAGCCCCCUACAGAAGUGGACUGCAAAGUCUGUGAUGGGGCUGUAAUUGUCCACUCUCUGCCCGUGCCCGGAGUGAUGACAUUCGAUGACUAUGCGGAAAAUGUCUUCCUCCCAUAUAUACGUAAUCUGAGAUCCAGACGAGUGGACAUUGUUUGGGAUUCUUACAUCCCUAACUGUCUUAAAGAAGCGACUAGAGAAAAGAGAGGAACAGGCUUGAGACGAAAGGUGGAAGGGAGGACCAAGAUUCCUCCAAAGUGGAUGGAGUUCUUGCGUGAUCCCCGCAACAAGCAGGAGUUGUUCCAAUUCCUGUCGGUCAAAGUGGCUGAGUUCCCCUGGUUUACUGUCAGAAAGGAAGUUUACAUCACCAGGUGCAAGUGCAUCAAAGCACACCAAGAAUGCACACUAUUGUGCAAGUGCAAAUGCCGCAACACUUGA